CCUCUCCUCCACGUGGCCACGUCCAGUGGUGAUGUCACCCCGCGCCCUGCACUAUUAAGCCGCUGCCUUAGCGCCGGCCUGCCUCCACUUUGCUCGCUCGUCGUCGCCGGUGUCGAGCGGGCAGCUUGCGGGUGGGCGUGGGGCUAAAUCUCCGCAGGGUUUGAUUACAAUGGCAGCGACGGACAGACUGCAGCUGGGUCCGCUGGUGGGAGCCGUGGAUCAAGGAACGAGUUCAACUCGAUUUCUGGUUUUCAAUGCGAAGACUGCUGAGCUUUUGAGCCACCAUCAAGUGGAGAUAACGCAAAUCUUCCCGAAAGAGGGGUGGGUGGAGCAGGACCCUCACCAGCUCCUCUCCUCGGUCCACGAGUGCAUCGAGCAGACGUGCAGAAAGCUGGGACAGCUCGACAUCGACAUCUCCCUGCUCAAAGCGAUCGGGAUCUGCAACCAGCGGGAGACGACCAUCGUGUGGGACCGCCUCUCGGGAGAGCCGCUGCACAAUGCCAUCGUAUGGCUGGACCUUCGCACUCAGACCACAGUGGAGAGGCUCAUCAAAUGCACGCCCGGCCAAAACAAAAACUAUUACAAGAAAAAAACAGGACUCCCGAUCAGCACCUACUUCAGCGCGGUGAAGAUGCGCUGGCUGCUCGACAACUCGGAUGCCGUGAAGCUGGCCGUGGCGGAGGGGCGAGCCCUUUUCGGCACCGUUGAUUCGUGGCUCAUUUGGAAUCUGACAGGAGGCAAGCACGGCGGGGUGCACUGCACCGACGUGACCAACGCCAGCCGCACGAUGCUCUUCAACAUCCACACGCAGGAGUGGGACCCCGAGCUGUGCCGGUUCUUUGAAAUUCCCAGCGACAUCCUGCCCAGGGUUCGCAGCUCCUCCGAAAUCUACGGCCUCCUGAAACUCGAUCCGACCACAAAAUCUGGCCCUCUCAGCGGACUGCCCAUAUCUGGGUGCCUGGGUGACCAAUCCGCAGCGCUGGUUGGACAGAUGUGCCUGAGCGACGGACAAGCCAAAAACACGUACGGAACGGGCUGUUUCCUUUUGCAUAACACGGGGACAAAGCCGGUGCUCUCGGAACAUGGCCUGUUGACGACCGUGGCCUACAAGCUGGGGCGGGACAAGCCCACGUACUACGCUCUGGAGGGAUCGGUGGCGAUCGCCGGAGCGAUGGUCUCGUGGCUGCGAGACAACCUGGGCAUCAUACAGACCGCCGCAGACAUCGAGAAGAUGGCGCAGCUAGCCGGGACGUCGUACGGAUGCUAUUUUGUUCCGGCGUUUUCCGGGCUGUACGCGCCCUACUGGGAACCCAGCGCUCGCGGAAUCAUCUGCGGCCUCACGCAGUUCACGAACAAGUCCCACAUCGCCUUCGCCGCGCUCGAGGCCAUCUGCUUCCAGACGCGAGAGCUCAUAGACGCCAUGAACCAGGACAGCGGCUACGUGCUGACGGCGCUGCAGGUGGACGGCGGGAUGACGGUGAACCGCGUGCUCAUGCAACUGCAGGCCGACAUCCUGAGCAUCCCUGUCGUUCGCCCGACGAUGCCGGAGACGACGGCGCUGGGCGCGGCGAUGGCGGCCGGCUCGGCGGAGGGCGUCGGGGUGUGGAGCCUGGAGGCCGACGACCUCACGGCCGUCACCGUGGAGCGCUUCGAGCCGCAGAUCAACACCGAGGAGAGCCAAGUGCGAUACAUGCGCUGGAAGAAAGCGGUGCAGUGCUCCAUGGGCUGGGAGAUCGGGGAUCCUCCGAUGAACAGCAACGAAGAGCUUAACAUGUUUACGAGCAUCCCCUUCGGGUCUUAUAUUCUGGCCAGUAUGAUAAUGCUUAUUGGAGCACGCUACAUCUCAGGCGUACGCAACUGAGGGAAGAAGAUUGUGAAGUCUAAUGGCUAGUAACGGCAAGGAAAUUGGAAUUAAUAAGGAUAUAACCAAUUAUAUUGAUCAUGUUAGCAAUCCUGGAGUCUUGAAAAUGCUACUUUAAGUAGAGUACUGUACUGUACACCUUACUUUCUGAGGUGGCAGUGUUGCAGUCACACAGUAUCGAUCACAUUUCACAAACUGUCAAAUACUACCGAUGCACUCCUAUCAUGUGGAACUGAACUGCAUUGCUUAAAUUAAAAAUUCAGUCUCUGUAGAGACGUAUGCAUGUUGAACUUCUUUCUCACCGUACGUAGCCAACCGUGCUAAUCGGAAGUGCGGGGAAAGGACAACAAACUAAACACAACAAUGUGUAAACGUGCAUUGUGGGCCUAGGAAUGAAAUUGGAAUUGGACGUGAAAGUGUCAAAUGUUUUCACAGAAAAUUCAGUAUUCGAGUCUUCCUUUUUUGACACGUCAUUUAAAAACUAGCUCAUCGACACGGUUUGUCUUACUUAAAAAAAAUGUUAUUUUAUUUUAGCUCUUGUUAUUUAAACGUUUUGUAAAGUCUACUAUUACUUCGGCAGCCCUUUAAUUUAUGCCGAAGUUGUGACCCUCGAUCAUCACUGUCGAUCUGAGGCGAGGACUGCUUGUGGACAUGAAGCAUCACUGAAAAAAUACGAAAUUUCUCUCAUUCCACAGAGUUGCCCGAGAAUCGGUUUUGUGCCAAAGUUUCAUAAUUGCCACGGUUUAGGCAUAUCGCAAAUGGAGUCCGCUUUGAACUUUUAAAUCGGCACGCUUGCUUUUCACUGUGACUCCAACAUUUCGUUGCUGCGAGCGUUAAUUUUUUUUCACAGACCUUUGCACACCCGUUACACACGGGUGUGAUUAAAUGGAUGGACGUCUGUUCUGGAAUGGAAGGUAGAUGAGACUAUUGUGCGAUUUGAAAUGUGUUUGCCUAGGUCAGGGGUCGGCAACUUGCAGCCCCAUAGCCGCAUGCGGUGGCUCUUGAAGGACUGCUGCUUUGUGACGUUAUUCACUCGUAUUGCGGCUCUUUAAAUAUUUGCGGUUUUUUUUUUACCCAAUUCUUAAGAAAUAAAAUGGCCCCUGUUAUUUCGAUUGCCAACCCUCGAGCCUAGGUAAUUGAUGUAAAUAUAGACGGGCGUGGUUUCGACGCUGGGUGUUCCAGCCAUCGUUGCCUCUUUUGCGCCAUCCAGAUAAUCACGUUCCGAACACGUGUCUCUAGAAUAAAUAUGGAAAGGGGGUUAAAGUGUGAUGCUGUUUUCCGUGACGGCGAAAUAAGCACAUCUCUUGAAAGCGGACUGAAAUAUUCCUUAAGAGGGGUACCAUCGAAAUGUAUGGAUAUAAAUAAUUACUUGUUGCCAUUCGUUGUACCACCUUGGUCUGCAUCAAGUGUACCACAACGUACAUGCACGACCGCAAACCACGGUUUGCGGUCGUGCAUGUACGUUGAACUUCUUUCGCACCGUGCGUGCGAGCUAAUCGCAGUCCUGUUUUUGUCAUAGCACAGUGAUCUGGCAAUGUCUCUAAUCCAGUGUUUUUGCACUCUGCACAUUGCGUCUUCCUGCCAGUAACCGUGUGUUGCUCUUGCUUAAGCAGUCUCGAUUCGCCACGAUGCGAGGGUAUGUUACGUAUGUUGGAAGGGUGCGUGUUUGACUUGCAUUCACAGGACUCCAGAUCAGGGCUUCUAUUCUCAUGGAAUAUUUUCCAUGCCCCCUCCCAAACCCCGUGACAUUUUGGGGAGGGAAGUGAUGGUGGUGGGGGGGGGGCAAGCCCUGGUUCAGAUGCAAGGUGCCGUGUACCGGUUGCUUGUGUUUCUUUCCACUCCUAAUAUGCGCCCCGAUGGCUAAACUGGGUUUUCUCGUGAUUCCAUAUCCGGUGUGGCCGAAGCAACCCAGUGCAAUUCACGCUCGAGGUAUAUUUCCAUAUUUCAAUAAAAACAGGUCCCUGCAGGGUGGGCUGGUAGGACAAGUCUCUGCGCUGUCUAUUGCUGAUUUUACACCCAACAGCACGAGAUUUCACUUCGUUAAAGUAUUGAAAGGGGGGGGGGGGGACGGACGGACGGACGGACACAUUAAUCUAUUGCAGGCUGGUACACUCAGUUUACCACUUCGUUCCUACCAGUAUUAUUCAUCGUAUUGACAACACCUGACAACGGCAAGCUACAACACCUGGAAGUGGAGUGUGCGCUCGGACGUCGUUUAGGAAAAGGUACAGCCCUGCAAUUAUUUAUCACGCCACUGCUGGCAUAAGUGCCUCCACUCGAGUUUACUGGGGCCUUUGAACAGGUGGAAUUACCCACACUUUACCCCACUGCUUGCAGCUUGCCGAUCGACUGUGGUAUAACCAUCGAUCGACUUCUGGAUGGACAGAGGCGGUGGGGGUGGAAUUGAAUACACUCGUGUGUCGCUUCCAGUGCCGUGCUGGUACAUCAAACCGAUGGAGUCUGGAUUUGCAAGUCCAUUGUACUAACCAUCGCAACAACGGCAGCAUCCCUAUUGGGUCAUGGUCCACGCCUGCCGGUGGCUGAAAGGGGAUACCAUUGUAAUGUUUCGGUCUGAAAUCCAUUUAAAUGUGAAUAGAUUCUGUUGUGCCGUCUCGUGAGUUAUUAUGAAGCAGGUGAUAUGAUAUUCCCGCGAUUGAUCCCUGUCCCAUGUCACUCAACAGUGCACAACCAGUCAUGUAAACUUUGGGGGCUCCAAGUGCUGUGUAUGUGUAUCCCAUAAGCAAACAAUGUGCCGAUUCGUAGAUUUUAUUCGAUUCUUGUGCUCUUGAUACAUGCAAUCUACAUACCGAUAUUGCAUGUAUUGUAAUCUAUACAAUAUAAUCGUACACUUUGGCCAAUUAAAACAAGGAAAUACGUGCGACAUGGUAACAAUUGGAUAAAAAAAGUUUUCUUUCGUCACGACCACAUCACGACUUGAAUCGCCGGGUAUUGUGGUGGAUGUUACUGUAUAAAAGCGGUGGCAUGUAUUGCGUAUGGCAUUGAGUCCACAGAUGUCGGAGUACUCUUCCAGAAUUAAAGUCAUAUUGUAUGGUUGUGACAACAUUAUUUCCAAUUAAGCAUCAAGGCAGCAACGCUUCAGAGCAGUGCCAAAUUUUAUGAUUUCACAAACGUAUCUCUCUAUGAAAACGCACGUCCGAUAUUGAUAUUAGUAUUGAAAAUUAUUUAAAAUUAACUAGAUUGCUGUAAUGGUAAAUACACACGUUUUUUAGAAGUGCUCUUGAUUCAAUGAGAUAUUGAUGUGUGUGUGCCAUAAUAUGUACAUAUAAAACAAAUAGCACUGAAGAAUCACUUGAAUUGCAUCAGCGUGCUAUGUAAAUGAUGCCGAAGGAUUAAUGAAUGCUGUAUUUGUAGGGUGUUUUGUAGGGAAACUUAGAAAUAUGUGAUGCUAAUGUAAGUGUUAAUAAAUGAUGCAAUGAAAUGA